AUGGCUGUAACAGAGUUUUUGCUGUUCAUAUUAACAGCUACUCUAGGAGGAAUGUUUUUAUGUGGUGCUAAUGAUUUAACAACUAUCUUCGUAUCUUUAGAAUGUUUAAGUCUAUGUUCUUAUCUAUUAUCUGGAUAUACCAAAAGAGAUGUACGGUCUAAUGAGGCUAUUAUGAAAUAUUUACUUAUGGGUGGAACAAGUUCUUCCAUUCUUGCUUGUGGUCUUUCUUGGCUAUAUGGUCUAUCUGGAGGAGAGAUUGAACUUCAAGAAAUAGCCAAUGGUCUUAUAAAUACACAAAUGUAUAACUCUCCAGGAAUUUGA